UUUCGUUCCUUUCUAUAAAACCUAAUCCAACCCUUUCUCUAACCUUUGCGUUGCAAUAAUAAAUAAGUACACUCCCGAUUUUCCCUCCCUUAUCACAACCCAAUCUUUUCGCACAACCAUUCAUUUUUUUCCCUUUCAUUCCUUUUCUCCGUUUCUCAUAACACAGAUCUAGGGUUUCCUUCUCCUUCAAUCACCAUUUUUUGGACGAAAAGAAUAUAGGGCUUUUGCAAACCACUCCAAUGUUUUCCGAAUUUUUAUGACACACAAUUCCCCCAUGCGUCGAUUUCGUCUGCUGCACUCUUUCUCCGUCGUGUUUCUCUACUGGUUCUACGUUUUCUCAUGAACUUCCUCUGAAUCGCUUAAUCUUCAAAUCUUUCUUCAUUAUAAUUCUAUUAAAUAAUUAGAUCUACAGUUCCUAUUUCCGCUUGAUUUCCUUUUGUUUAAUUCUGCUGUAAAAUCAAAUAAAAUCGAAAUAAUAAGAGGAGAUAUGGCUUCGGUUAAACGUCCGGCGAGUUCAGGAUCCGACGGCGGAGGAGAUCUACAAAAUGGAACGAUCGACGAGAGGAAAAGGAAGAGGAUGAUUUCGAAUCGCGAAUCGGCGAGACGAUCGAGGAUGAGGAAGCAGAAACAGUUGGAGGAUCUGAGCGACGAAGUGAACAAAUUACGAAUCGAGAACAAUAAACUGUUGGAGGACAUUAAGAUUAAGGAGGAAGCGUGCAUUGAAAACGAAGCCACUAACGGCGUUCUCAGAGCUCAAACUAUGGAAUUAACGGAUCGAUUGCGAUUUCUUAACUCGAUGCUUAAAUUCGCUGAAGAAGUAAGUGGAUUAUCCGUUGAGAUACCUGAGAUUCCAGAUCCUCUUCUCAAACCGUGGCAGAUUCCUCACCCUACACAAGCGAUUAUGGCGUCGGCAGAUAUGUUCCUGCAUUGAUUGAACGCCUUUCUUUGUGAUUUUACUGUUGAGUCCUUUCUCUCUCUCUCUCUCUCUCUCUCUCUCUCUCUCUCUAGUUUAAGUGUUAUGUUACCAUUUGUGAUUAAUAACAAUGGUUGACUGUUAAUGGUUCUUAUUUAAUUUCUUGUUGAUGUAUUCAUGGUUUUGAUAAUGGAAUAUCUGGCAUUGUACAUUUUGUAACCAUUUUUAAUGUUUCAGCGUAUGUGUAUCGUUUAUAAAA